UCAGGAACGGUUCGAAUAAUUUCUGCUCGAUUUUUCGAAGCCCACCACCGCUCAGCUAGGAAGGAGCGGACACGAUCGUGCUCAUCGAAAUACACGCUCGAAGGAUAAAUGUUUGAAACGCGCGAGGUAUUUCCAAUUAGUGAAAUAUACGUGAAAGUUGAGCUCGUUUGCUCGCGCCGAGCCUGGCUCGUGGUACACGCCGCCGCGCGCGAAUUUAUAUCGUACAAUCGGGCACUUGUACGUUCGUGAACUUUAACGCCUGGCGAGGUCGGUUCGUGCGCGCUCAUUGGCGUCGUCGCGGUGACCAGCCGCGGAGUGAGAAAUAAGAUUUCCUAUCCCCGCGCGACGCUCUCUCCCGAGGGCUAUACGUUAGUCUCGGGGCGAGCUCGAAAUCCCCGCGGCUCGUACGUUCUCGCGCGAGCGCAUGCAGCGGCAGCAGCAUAUGGGGAGCGCCGAGAACGACACACCGUCCUCGCGCAGCACCACCAAACCGCUAAAUAUUACGUCGCCGAAGAUUCGUAUCGAGGAUCCGCACGACUUACGAGCGGAUGCGUCCUCUGUCGAGCCCCCAUCGCCGCGCGCUCACCUUCACCAACGUCUUUUAAUCUGCCUCCUUUCCAUGUCCUCCCUCCCCCGUACACAAACACAUACACGCCGAGUAAUAUGCCCUCGCAAAGCUUUUAGAAUCGAGGAUGCCGUGUGUACUCGACGAGACUUUGCGCUCUCGUCUACGGGUCGAUGCACGAGGAAUCGACCCGUAGAGACCCGAGCUUCGAGAAACCGUAGAAAAACGCCAAUCCAUUUUCGAGUCUACCGCGGGAAACGAGCCGGAUCGACUUGGUGCAAAGAUCUUUCAGCGCCCCUUAUUCCUUCUUUCCAAACCCUCUUUCAUAUCGUCGCACUAUUUUCCCGGCGGACUGCACCUUUUGAAGCGCCCUGUAACCGGAGCCUCCGCGAGGUGAAACUCUUGGGAGUAACCUCCCGGGUAUCUGAACGGUUUAUGCGUCGAUGCGGCGAGGUGUCAAAAGCGUUUUAGUUAUCUGUGAACCGGAAGAUAGUAGCGACUCGCGAGGCGAGUUCUCCCAACGGAUAUUGUGUCGGUGCGCCGCGGACCUGGAUUCUCAGGGUGCAGUGCGGCUCCGGACGACUGAAACACACUGCAUAUAUUUAAUGCAGUCUGUAUUGCAUCGAGCAUAUCCAGCCCAGUUUUGUUGCUCGUAUUCAAUAGUCCCGCCGCUUAGGAAAGUCCUCGCUUCGAAUUCGUUCUCUCGCGCGCGCGGGCUUAUUAAAAGCGGAGAUAUUCCGAGGACUCAGCCGCAUGUUACAAUAAGAUCGGGGAGCAGCACCGAGUAUCGCUGCUCUCUGCGCCGGAGGAGCAGCAAACGUGUAACACAAUAAUAUUGAAGGGAGCUCGUUGACGCAACGCGCGACGGGAUGCGCGCGUAUCGUCCGUAAAUCCAUGCAGCACUUCGUACGUGUCGGUCUCGGCGUUGGAGUUGAUGCGGGAAAGAUGUAGGCUCCGCGGCGAGAUGAAAUCUCGAUGUUCGAGAGUCUCUCCGGCUCUUUAAUUUAUGCAGUCCUACUCGCGGAGCACCGCACUAAGAUACAAUUGUAUUCCUAUUUCUUGGACAAUCGGCGCGAAACGUUGUAAGUAGGCGUAUAUACGAUUCCCUCGUAGAGACUCGCCUCCGCGCCUCCUUCCCCGGGCUCUCUUCUCUAUUAUUAUUUUAUUCUUUGGCGCGAUCACCUGUAUUACUCCCUCGAAUAGCUUGUUUCUCGCUUGUUCGACGACGAGGAGAAUAUCGAGAAGGAUUUACUUUCUAGUGCGGCAGCCGGGGCGAUGCUUUAAGGUGGUUUUUUUUCGUUUGUUUCGUUGCUGGAAAGCUCGAAAUGACGCGUUACACGCUCGUUUUUACCUUCUCUACCGAUUGUUCAAGCAAGACGAGGAGCUCAACGGGCGCGGGGCAGCCUGCAUUGAAUCUGAGAAUCCUGGGACUGCUCUCUCGCAACGGCAUAAUCCCCGGGAUGGAAGCGAAGCAUGCGAGUCGAGUUGUGUGCCGAGCAGGGUACCGAGGACGCGCGCGAGGAUGCCCUCGUCCGAUUUGCAUCUGGCGCUUGUUAGCCGACCUCAAACGGCUCGCACACUCAGACUUCUCUAUCCCAUAAUGAUUUUGGUACUUCUGGCUUGCGAGUCCGGAUCUCAUCGACUCCCGAGAAACUCGUUAGGCAAACGCGUGUUUUCAUCGAACAUAUGUGAAACGAAUGUCAUCGCAGACUGGACAAUGCUAAAAAAUCCGCCCCCGCGCUGAGUCACGUAAAUACCCGGUGAGGAAAGACACGCCGGGACCAUGACCGAGUGACAAAUACGACGGAGUGACGUCGUGGAAUAUGGGAACAAAGUACUUUAUGUAACGGAUGACACGCGAGGUGCUCCACUGCCAGGGAACUGGCAGUUCAGUCCGGUCCGCGAUCCAGCUGAGUUCUGUAUCAACCUUUGAAGAUUGCUCGAUCGCGUCGAGUCGGAACUCGCAGUUUCUUAUCGUGAAAAUAGUGCGCGAGUGUGGGUGCUUCUGGUUUGUAAAAAGUCGCCAAAGAAUUGAGAUUUGACUGGAGAGCAGAGAUGGACGCCAUCGACGAAAGCGCAGGAGCGUUGGAAUGGCCCGAUUACGCAGUCCUCGGUAUCGUGCUCUGCGUCUCUGCCUCGAUCGGAGUUUAUUACCGAUUCAGCGGUGGCCGCCAGAAGACUGCGGAGGAAUACUUCUCGGCGGACAGAUCGAUGAGCGUGCCACUCCUGGCGAUAGCUCUCAUGGUCGCGUUCAUGUCCGCGAUCGCCAUGCUCGGGAUCAGCGGCGAAAUCUACAUCUACGGGAGCCAGUUCACGCUGGUGAAUCUUGGCUUCUCUCUCGGAACUCCUUUCGCAGCUUUUCUCUAUCUUCCGGUCUUUUACCACCUGCAGACCAUGAGUAUCUAUGAGUAUCUGCAGAGAAGGUUUGGAAUGACGGCUCGACUGGUUGCGAGCCUGACGAAUUUCGUUCAAAUGGUUCUGUACACCGGAGUCGUUUUGUAUGCUCCGGCAUUGGCGCUCGAAGCGACCACUGGACUCUCGAGCAUGAUGAGCGUCCUCGUGAUAGGCCUGAUCUGCACUUUCUACUCGAGCAUCGGUGGAAUGAAAGCCGUUCUGGCGACGGAUGUGUUCCAGGGAGUCCUCAUGUUCGCCUCACUUUUUUGCAUAAUCGGGGUCGCCUGGUACGACUUCGAGGGCGGAUUCUUGGAGAUUUGGAGCAAGGCGGGCGAGGGCGGUCGUCUGGAAUUUUUAGAUUUCAGUUUGGAUCCAACCCAACGACAUACUUUCUGGGGCCUCAUGAUCGGCGGUGCCUUCUUUUUCCUGUCAAACUUCGCGGUCAAUCAGAUCAUGAUCCAACGUUUGUUAGCCGCCAGGUCGUUGGUACAAGCUCAACUGGCACUUUUUCUCAACGUGCCCCUCACAGUCAGCAUGUCUCUGGUCACAUCAUUGGCGGGUUUGGCGCUGUAUGCCUGGUUCAAAGACUGCGAUCCAGUCGCCUCCGGGAAAGUGUAUUCGUUCGACCAGGUCAUGCCGUACUUUGCCAAAAUUCGCAUGUCCCAAAUACCAGGAUUGUCAGGCUUUUUCAUAGCCGGGGUUUUCAGCGCUUCCCUCAGCACGGUCUCGGCGAUGAUAAAUUCUUUGGCAGCGGUCGCGGUCGCCGAUUACAUAAAGCCGCUGUACGCCGCCUUCGGGCACGAUCUUUCGGACUCGACCGCUUCGCUGCUCGGUAAAGUUUUCGGCACGUUCAACGGACUCUUGAUUCUGGCCGUUGCCUAUUUGGCCUCCCAACUCGGCAGCAUAAUGCAGCUUGCUCUGGCGAUAAAUGGCGCGAUGGGAGGGCCCCUCCUGGGCCUCUUCAGUCUCGGGAUAUUCGUCGAGAGUGCCAACGAGGCAGGAUCCGUUAUUGGGAUUCUCCUCAGUCUCGCCUUUUCUCUGUGGGUCGUUUUCGGAUCCCCGAAACCUCCGGUCCUCGACCUUCCGGUCUCGGUCGCCAAUUGCUCCACCAACUUGACGGCCGUCGACACAGCUCUCUACGACGCCCGAUUAUUCGCUCUCAUGGACGCCGAAGACGGCGAGUACUUCUAUCCCUACCGAAUAUCCUACAUGUGGUACACCCCUCUGGGAAUGGUGACGACGAUGCUCUUCGGAUACAUCGCCAGUCUCUUCGUAUGCUGUUGCGCGAAGGUCCAAGAGCCAGAUCCGGAUUUGUUUACUCCUGUAAUAGCCUCUUGCAUGAGAAGACGAAACGCAGGCAACACGAAACGAAACUCUUUUGUCAUGACGCCCAGCAAAUAGAUCACCUUCAUAAUUUCUCUCUUCGAUUGUAAUUAUUUUCAAUAAUAUUCAACGUUAAUGUACUCAAGAUUAGAAUAAUUAGCGAUCAAAAGAUGAGAACCUUGAUAAAAAGUGAGGAGAGGGAUCGAAUAUGCGAGGAAAGCGCACUUGAACGAGAAUCUUCCGAAGAUAUCACGAAUGAUUUGAGCCGUUGUCGACUCGCUUCGGGGUCACGGUUGAGUGCUCCAAAUUAUAUGGAGCGAGACGAAAACCUCGUUUCUGGUGGACUAGGGAAACCUGAUCGUUCGGAAUGCUAUACUUAUCGGCGCAGGUCUCUCGUAGCAGGCUGCCAAAUGGGGGAGCUCAAAAGCAAAUAAGAAAGAAGGAACAAGUUUUCAAGAGGAGUCUGCAUCGAGAGGAGUUGGGACGUUACGAAGAGUGUUUUGUAAAAUUAGCAUCUUGUACUUCUCCCAUGAUAAUUGGCUCCAUUAUACGCUGCUAUAAAAACGGGCUUUCUCUUGAACGAGAAUUCAGAGCUAAGGCAUUGGAGACACGAGCUAAGGUCCGAAAGGGUCACCUGAUUAAUGUCUCAUGCAUCCAAAGUGAUGGCUCAAAUUAAUCGCGCGUAAUAAAAUACCGAAAUGAAUGGAAGCAAAGAGAGUGGGUAGGAAAGUCUCACGGUCCAGUCUCGUAACAAAUAACAUCGACGACGUGAAAAACGAGGAAGAAGAUGCGGUUGUCCGGAGCUGUCGCGACCGGGGCCGGCUGAGCUAUAUCGUCUAGAUCAGGGAGUGACAAGGCAGCUAAUGACCGCGGGGAUCCUAAAACCCGGAGGAGAGGAUCGUUAGAUAGAGCGAGCAGACGUACCCGAAGAAUUUCAUUCUGGCGUAUUUCACUCGUGUCUUUUUCUCUUCCCUUUAAUUCCCGAGUCUCUCGAGGCUUUUUGUCAUUUGCUUCGAGCUCUCGCCAUGCGCGGGGGGACCGCGACCGAGAGAGCGGGAAGAAUAAUCUACUGGAUCGAAAGAUAUCGAGCUCGGCCAGAUUUCUUCUUUCCCUCCCUCCCGGCCGCUGCUCCCUCCUUCCCCGAGCAAUAUGGCCGCGAGACCGUUUGAUAAACCGUGAGCUAUGAGGCAUCCUUAAGAGGGGCGGCGAGUCGGUAAAGUUUCGCGCAGAAAUCGCCUCGGCCCGUGAUCGCCGGCUUAUCUCCGGAGCAUCUUCGCCCAAACACUCGCUGCUCCAGCAUCCCUGAAAAUAUCAAAGACAGCCCGCUCCCUCUCUCUUUUUCUCUUACGCAUCCCUUUUCCAUCCUGCUAUACUUAAUCGCUCGUAUAAAUCACUGAUUCGAAGGUGCUCGAGUAUUCGUGGGGUAAAGCCCCCGACGCGCGGAGAGUGAGAUGUCAACCGGGCCGGGACAUUUAGCCUCGCAGGACUGUUACUAAAUUUAUUCUCACUCCUAGGCAAUCUCUUCGGAUCAAUCGAGAUGAAAAAUUUACGAUAAUUGCUGGAAAGUGCGGAGAAGAAAAAACGUAACAAUCGUCGAAAGAUCCUGAUCGGAAGAGAGAAGUAAACAGACGGCUCGGACUGAUUCGACUCGAUGCAGAGGUUCCGCAGCGAUUCCAGAAUCGAAGUGGCCAAUAAAUCCUCCGAGGAAGUUUCGUUUCCGGAUCCGAUGAGCGAAUCUCGACGAGUCACGGCUCUCUUUCUCUUUUCUUUCCUGUAAAGAGUAUCGCGGUACCUUCCUUCCUUUUUCCGAGGGGGGCACGCCAGCGAGGAUGCAUCUGGGAGGCUGGGUGCAGAUAGACACUAUAUUCUCGUAGCUCGUGGUCGAGGAACACGAAGAGAAAGAGAGGAAGGUCUAACGACGAUAUUGUACAUUCGUUCUGGGCCGUAGAAAAUCGUGGUGAACGGCUCCCGUGAGAGUACGACGACGUUUCCGAGGAGUUACGAGGCUCCAGCGUCAUAAAGAUGAAACCGCGCGCGCUUCCUCGAUUAUCCAGCGUGGAUUCAUCGGGGAGCCGAGGGGCCGGGGGUCGGAUGGAUAAAUACGCAAGGAAGAGUACCGGGCCUGUAAAAAUGAUGCUAAAAGUGUGGAGGAUCGUUGGAUAUUGAAAUUCUGGAUAAAAACUCAUCGGACAGUUAUUAUUCUAAGAUGCUCCAUCAGAAGAAUAUUAAUGAAUAAGUUGCAGCGGUUGAUUCAGCUCACCGGUCCCCGGCGCAACGCGGGCUCGUACGAUGACCAAUUAAUUGAUAUCUCAUCAGCUGCUGAUCAGUUUAAAUGACCUUUGCCUCGGAGGAUUUUAUGGUCCAAUUAUUGCCGACAGUCGUCGGGCAAUAUAUCCUCGAGAUAACGACAACGUUGAAUUUUUCUUUGUUUAAUUAUGAACGAGCGAAUCGUAAUGUUGGAGGGUGAAGAGAGCCUCCGCGAGCUUCUUUCUCCGACGACGACGAGAGCGCGGCAAUGCCAGGCUAAAAUCUCAUUCCUCUCGAGCUAUUAUACUCGCUACUAUAAAGCGACUCGUGAGACUCGUGACCAAAGAGCUCCGUAUAUAAAAGAUCCUUGGCCGCUCUCACGAUCGAUCUCCGUCUUGCUCGUUUUGGCUCCCCGGCAUCGGCCUCCCCGAGAUACCGAGUCAAGUGCUCCUUAUCUCUUCCUCCAAAGGCUCAAUCCAAAAUAACUUCAAACUUCUAGCUCUCCCUCGAAAUAAAAUCGUCAUUGUGCACCAGCUAGUCGGAAAAUCGCCUCCAGGCUACUCUUAACGAAUGCGCUCGAGCCCGUUACGACUCCUUGUUGCGCGCUCCGGGAUCGCGACGCGGACAAGGGUACUUACUAACAACUGGACGGGGCUAAUGAAGGGGCAUCCGCGAGAACGAAAGUAAUCUCGCUUUCCCUGGAUGAGCAUCGUCAUCGGGCAAAUCCGCAAAGAGACCCGCGUGCGUAUUUUAUAUGCACGUCGGAGUUACGUCGCGCCUCUGACAACCGGCAACAACUCUGUGCGAUGCUGAUCAGCGGAAAGGAAAGAUGCUCUCCGCGAGGAUCGCGGGGAGUGGGACGCGCAACCAAGUCCCGCAAUUACUCCAGCUGAGCUGGCAACCGGUAAACGUUUCGAUUACAAUGAUCUCCGAACGACGACGACGACGACGACGACGACGAUGCGACACCGUGUAAUUACAAAUGGCCGCUGAGCUUACUUACACCAUCGUCAAUCUUAUUUUCCACAA